CUCGGGUGAGCGCCAUGCUGCCCCCUCAGGCCUCUGGAGCUGUAUUUGAGCAUGACCGCGACUUAUCGCACUGCUCCCAGUCGACCAUUGCCUUUCUGAAGUCACAACCUAGGCUAUAGCAUGUCACCUCAUCUGAACCCCUUCCAGGAUUUGUGCCGCCUGAAGCACAAGUUUGUGUCGGUCGCCCCAGUGAAACCUGAAACACAUGUUGGUCAGCGAUCGCAACACACAACUAAACCCUGGGGAACUCAGUGAAAUAUUUUCUUAAACUGAAACCAUCCUGAAUUCAACCCUGCUGACAAGACCCGAACCGGGACCAGGCUCAGGACCAGAACCAGGACAGUUUGUCAUGUGUGGACAUUAAAACACACAGUGGAAACAUCAGAGUCUCUUCCAGCAGAUUGAAAAACACAAAUCAGACAACCAGCAGUGAGAUGGAUGGAGGAGGAGGAGGAGGAGGAGGAGGGAAGGAGUCCUUCCUCAGCGCUCACCGCUGUCCUGAAGUCGACCUGCUGCCACAUCAUCCCUCCGCCACUCAUAUCCCCCCACUAUCUUCACUAGUUCCUACUGGGACCAAAGAGGUGGAUGGACCUGACUUAACCUGCACAGGUGAACCAGAGGGAGGAGGUUACCUGGAUGUGUGUUCUGACCGACAGGAGGAUGGAGAAGUGGAGGAGGACGAGGAGAGCAUCAGCGACUGGUCUGAGGAGGACCUGUCCCUCCACUUCUCUCCCUCUGUCAUCCACCCAUCUGAGGACGAUGAAUCCGACCCUGAGAGUGGCUUUGAAUGUGUCGACAUCGCUAUGGAUAUGGAGGCUAAAGGUCAGGAGAGGGAGGGGCUGAGGAUGGUUCCAAAGCGUCAGAUCCAACUGAAGAAACGCCUUGCCGAUGAGAACCUGAACCAGGAGGUCCAACCAGUUCAGGUCAAUAUGACAGCGAAGGCCAGUGCCAAUGAAGUUCGGCCCCGGCACGAAUUGCUGCUACGACAACACAGCAUGCCCAGUGAGGUCUAUGGCAAUGGGGUCUACAAGGGCCUGAUUGCUGCGUCCAGUCCUGAACCCGGACCCAACCGGACUCAGUUCUACAGGGGCCUGAUUGCAGGAGCCAGUCAAGGCAUUCAAAAGAAUAUUGAUCAUACCUGUGCACCAAGACGACUUCAGAAGUCCAUCUCCUUGGAUGAAACUAAAACUAAGAUGGCAUCAUGCAUCAUAAAGAACAUCCUCUCUAAGAAGAUGCAGGUGGAGCAGAGUACUUCCAUUGGUGCAGAGAACCACAACACCUCCAAAUGCUACGCCGCAGAUAGAAAAAAUUCCACCUCUGAUGUUAAAACCUCCACCUCGGACAGAAAAAGCUCCAUCUCUGACAUUAAAACCUCCACCUCGGACAGAAAAAGCUCCAUCUCUGACAUUAAAACAUACACCUCGGACAGAAAAACCUCCAUCUCGGACAUUAAAACUCCCACCUUGGACAGAAAAACCUCCAUCUCGGACAUUAAAACUUCCACCUCAAAUAGAAAAAAUUCCACCUCUGAUCUUAAAACGUCCACCUCAGAUAGAAAAACCUCCAUCUCUGACAUUAACACCUCCACCUCAGACAGAAAGGCCUCCAUCUCUGACAUUAAAACUUCCACCUCAGAUAGAAAAACCUCCAUCUCUGACAUUAAAACCUCCACCUCAGAUAGAAAGGCCUCCACCUCUGAAGUAAAAACCCCAAUCUCUGACAGUAAAACCUCCAACUCUAAUGUUAAAACCUCCAGAAACACCUCUAAAUCUGACAUAAAAACAUCCAUUUCUGCUGUAAAAACCUGUCAGGAGGACCAAGUCUUACAGAAGAAUAACAUACCUGUGGUUGGUGGUUCAUUUAAGGCUCUUGGCGAAGCUGGUGGUGCAUGUAAGGCCCCGGUUCACAUGGUGCGGGACAUGAGGAGUCUGGUUAAAAACACUUACAGCCUGUCCUUCAGGAACUCAGUGCCUCCACCUGACACCACCAGCCUUCACAAGCCAACAACUUUUAAGGUAAUUGGUCAAGAGGUGAGCCCACCUCCCACCUACCAGCAGGCUGUUGAAGUUAAAGGUCAGAACAAAUCCCCAGCAUCCUCUAGAGGAUAUGUAGCCAAAGUGGCUGCAUCCCUCAGUCAGUCAGAAAGACCCUCUGAUCCUCCCUUCAGUCCUCGCCCUCCACCACCCACUGCCCAGGAACAGAGCUCCUCUCUGGGCUUCUCUGCUCAGUCAACCCCCCGAACCUGGAGCCUCAGGUGCAGCCGGAGCUCACCAGGUCCCACCUCCUGCCAGGUGAAUGGGUACAAAGGUCUGAUCAGAUGCAGUUCACCUCUAGAAAGACCUUCAGGACCCCCAGAGACCAGAGCUAAUUCAGUACCAAUAGAAACUAAAACCAGUUCAGAUCAUCUACCAACUCAGCAGGUUCUCUGUGGUGUACCUGCCUUCUUACCUGCACCAGGAGGUGGAGACUUCGUUAUUGAUGUCCUUGGAUCUUCUAUGGCUGUUCCUGUUCCUGGCCAUACACCGUGUCACAUGAUGGUCGAUCCGAAUAGUGGGCGGUGCUUCUAUAUAGACACACCCCCACAGCCACAGAGGAAGAUGCUGCUUGAUCCAGAAACAGGCCAAUAUGUCCAGGUGUUCCUCCCUCCUCUAAGCUCUGCCCCUAACGCCAGUGUACUGCAGGUACACUGUGCUAAUCCCACACCCACCUUCCUGCCAGUGACUAACCCCACCCCUGCCCUCCUGUCAGUACCUAACCCUGCCCCCACCUUCCUGUCAGUGAUGCCAGUGCCACCAGCACUAGCUGUGCCCUCAUUGUAUGCCCCGCACUGUCUACCCUUCAUCCUGCACACGCCUGCAGUGAACUACACACCUUCAGCACCGUAGCAUCAUCAGGGAAGGACGUGACCACUUGUGACUACACUUGGACUGUUUAACAGGUACCUUUGUCUAUUUUGUCCCUCAUAAUUUCUAAUGGCUGUCACUUGUCUGGGAUUUGGAGCAUGGACAAAAAAGUUAGGACCCAGAACUCUGUCAGGAACGAUGCAGUAUUUGAUGCCACACUAAUAAUACCCUUAAAACAAUCACUGUCCACACAAAUAUUUUAGCAAUGUUUCAGUAAUAAUCUCUGAAUGUUGUAAUAUGCCUGAAUUACAUAUCAUACAAUCAAGGGCUUCCAACCAAUAUGUUCACACAACCAGCACUGAACCAGUCAAAGCUUUGUGCCCAAACUGGUUCAAAACCUGGAGUGGUUUCAGGCUGCAAUAGCAAACUGUAUGUUUUCUCUUUUCUCCUGAACAAAACCUGAGUUAAUUCAGUGGAAAAGGCCCAAACCCAGGACUGUAUCAUCCUGGACUUUACUUCUCCAGGUUGGUUGGUCCUGAGGCAGGGUCUCCUAGCUUUUUAGAUCCUAUGCAAAGCUUUUCAGGAAUUAAGGGCAUCCUUGUAUCAGCUCACUGAAAUAGACUUGUUUUGCCUAUCUUGUUUGGGGCACCCUAAUUAUGUGGCCAGUCCAUCUGAGCUGUGCAUUCACAAGCAGAGUGGGGAGACAGUGAAUGCUGUCCCUGCUGAGGACUUUAGCAUUGGGGUUUAUGUACCUACAGGAGCUUCAGCAGGUUCCUCAAGCAGCUCAGGUGGAGAAGGUUCAGUUUGAUUGAUGGGUGUGGGGUGGAUGUGUUGUGCACACCGAAAAUGUUUUAAUACAAUUAAUUUUAUUUAUAUUUUUAAAAUGCCAAUAAUUCUGUAAUUAUUUGCCAUUUUUUUCCUUGUAAAUAAAUAAACAAUUUUCAUUCAGCAUGAAUAUGGUACAAAUAUAGGUUACAAUCAACUGCAACCAUUACACUGUUCCUAAUGCACUCUCUAUAUACCUUAUAUAUUAUAUUUAUAUUAUGUACUACAUCCUCUCUUUCCAAUCUGCAGAAUAUGACAUGCUUAUAAUGGUUCACAUGUAAGCUCAUGUAAACUUUAGCUACAGCUUUAAGUCAACUUCCCAGUUUAUAAAGUACUUUAUCUUUUCCCACGAUUCUCUGAAUGGCUCAAAAAUGUGUAUUGAAAUGGGGGUCAGUAUUUAUGUAACUGGUCAUCUGAGUUUAGCUAUUGCUUUACAAGUGUAUGAAAUGAGAAAAGAAUGUCAAGAGCUAGUGAUAAUGAGCAUAGAGGACCACCUUUGAAAAAUGUGUGUAGUUGAGUUUUACAGCCACGAAACUUUAGAUAUUACAGUGUUUAUUGAUGUUGGUCUGCUCUUCAUUUUAAAAUGAUUUGAAAGAACAUAGUAUUUUAUUUACCAACUGCACAAAUAAAAAACAAGUGAAACAUUUGAUUCAUGCUAUAAAAUUACGUAUGUACAAAUAUUAUGAGUUUAUUGCCACCAUUUACACAUGAAGUUAAAGUCUCUUAAUAUGCAGAUGAUACUCAAUUGUAUAUGACAGAAAAUGAAGCCUCUCCUUAAUGUCCAUCACCUGUUUAUUUACAGGAUCUACAACUUUAUGUCAAGGAAUGAUGAUGUUUAUUUGCACAUGUAGUGAUAUAUAACACAUGCAGAUUUUUUUUUUUUUUUUUUUUUACACAUUUUCACAAUUUUUUUUUAGAUCCAAAAGUAUUUGGAGCUUUUUUUUGUUUCUUUUUUUUCCUCUUAUGCUUGAAUGACAAUCAGAAUGAUAAUUAUAUGUAGAACUGCUACUUCAAACUUUGCCUUGAUAAAAUCAUGCAAAAAUAAAGUUUUAUUUCUCAGUUUUACUUAUUCUCAUUACUUACUGUUUCUUUUAUUCUUUGUUGGUAAUGUAAAAUCACACCAGGACAUAUCCAGCUGCAAUUUUAACACUGAUGCAAAAUAUUUUGUCUCC